UCACUCUUGGUCAGGUUAGUGUAGAUAGUUGCACUAUCGUGACAUGUUUUGUAUGUUUAAUACAAACACUAUUGCCACAUCCUUCUGCCAGAAGAAUUGGCUCAAGGUUUCAGUGUUUAGGCAUAACGUUAUAUCGUGUUACAAUGCAUGUGUAACUAUGAAGUGAUGUAUGGCCGUACCACUAUAUAGUUCAUGCACUGUUCUGUAACAACACCUCCUGUCUAGCAGCUAACCAGAUUGAAUGUACUUCUUUGGCCAAUGUCACCAGAAGUUUGUCAUGUUUACCAGCCUUAUUCCUUUCAGGUUAUGGUGGAUGGUUAAUCAAACCCACCUGAUCGAAUUGUCUUAUUCGUUUUGAAGUCCUACCUAACUGAUCACCAGAAUGACUUUAGCUCUGGGCUACUCUGUUUAUAACUGCUAACACAAGCUAGCUAGCGAACAACUGUCACGUUGGUCGAGUCCAUAAUGCAGAUGCUCUUUAAUAUCAGAGAAACACAAAAAAUACAUUAUACUCAAUUCCUAAUAUCCACAGAUGACAGCAUGAACCUAAUCUACUAGCUGACCUGGCGCACAUGUCGUAAGGAGUAGAUGAAUGACUGAAGGUCACCUUCAGUGGAAUAGCUCAUUGUUAGUCUGGUGAAGGGGUUUCACGGUUGGAUUUGAGCUGUAUAGCUUUAGAUGUUCCCAGCGAAUCAAUUACAUACUAUGUCGUGCUUGCCAUUAUUGAUAAAUACGACUGACUCAUCAUGCUAAAAGUACCAGUUCAGAAGAGCCCCGUCCGGUACGAUACUUGUACAGAGUCCCCCCUCCCCCUUCUCGGUGCCGGUAGGUCGAGUGUUCCUCGACCGGGAAGCGGAAGCGGCGUCUGUAGAGCAGUCAUGGUGCAUGUUCGGUGAGAGAAGGUUAUACUUCAUGAAUGGCUAGUUCAGCAGCUGAGCACAGCACAGAAACCGCAGUGAUGAAUGGCGGCGGGGCCCCGGAGCACACAGGGGAGCUGGAGCCCAGACAGGACGGGGAUGCAGGGGAUGAUUCCAACGAACAAGAAGUGAUUGUGAUCCAGGACACGGGCUUCAAUGUCAAAAUCCAGGCCCCCGGGACGGAGCCCUUUGACCUCCAGGUCUCUCCCCAGGAGAUGGUCCAGGAGAUCCACCAGGUGCUGAUGGACAGGGAGGACACUUGCCAUCGCACCUGCUUCUCCCUGCAGCUCGACGGCAACGUGCUCGACAACUUUGCAGAGCUCAAGUCCAUCGAAGGCCUGCAGGAGGGCUCCCAGCUGAAGGUGGUCGAAGAGCCCUACACAGUACGGGAGGCCCGCAUCCACGUGCGCCACAUCAGGGACCUGCUGAAGAGCCUGGACCCCUCGGAUGCCUACAAUGGAGUAGACUGCAACUCCCUCUCUUUCCUCAGCAUCUUCACAGAGGGAGACCUUGGAGAUAGCGGCAGGAGGAAGAAGAAGGGCAGUGAGCUGGAACAGAUUGACUGCACCCCUCCGGAGCACAUCCUCCCCGGCAGUAAGGAGCGACCCCUGAUGCCCCUCCAGCCACCCAACAACGACUGGAAGCCCAUGCAGUGCCUGAAGGUGUUGACCAUGAGCGGCUGGAACCCUCCGCCGGGAAACAGGAAGAUGCACGGCGACCUCAUGUACCUGUACAUGGUGACGGUGGAGGAGAGACACAUCAGUGUCACCGCCUCCAGCCGCGGCUUCUACCUCAACCAAUCUACCACCUACACAUUCAACCCCAAGCCAGCCAAUCCAAGCUUCCUGAGUCACUCGCUGGUAGAGUUGCUGAGCCAGAUCAGUCCGGCCUUCAAAAAAAACUUCAGCGCAUUGCAGAAGAAAAGAGUCCAGAGACACCCGUUUGAGAGGAUAGCCACACCCUUCCAGGUGUACAGCUGGACAGCCCCGCAGGUGGACCACGCCAUGGACUGCGUCCGGGCAGAAGACGCCUACACCUCCCGCCUUGGGUACGAGGAGCACAUCCCUGGACAGACGAGGGACUGGAAUGAGGAGCUGCAGACCACCAGAGAGCUGGCCCGUAAGAACCUGCCAGAACGGCUGCUGAGAGAAAGGGCCAUAUUCAAGGUCCACAGUGACUUCGCCGCGGCCGCCACCCGUGGUGCCAUGGCCGUCAUCGACGGCAACGUGAUGGCCAUCAACCCCGGCGAGGAGACGCGCAUGCAGAUGUUCAUCUGGAACAACAUCUUCUUCAGCCUGGGCUUCGACGUGCGCGACCACUACCGCGAGCUGGGCGGGGACGCGGCGGCCCACGCCGCGCCCACCAACGACCUGAACGGCGUGCGGGCGUACGGCGCGGUGGACGUGGAGGGCCUGUACACCCUGGGCACGGUGGUGGUGGACUACCGGGGCUACCGCGUCACCGCCCAGUCCAUCAUCCCCGGUAUCCUGGAGCGCGAGCAGGAGCAGAGCGUCAUCUACGGCUCCAUCGACUUCGGCAAGACGGUGGUGUCCCACAGCAAGUACCUGGAGCUGCUGGACAAGACCAGCCGGCCGCUCAAGGUCCAGAGGCACGACGUGCUGAACGAGAAGGACGAGGCGGUGCAGCUCUGCUCCUCCGUGGAGUGCAAGGGCAUCAUCGGCAACGACGGGCGCCACUACAUCCUGGACCUCCUCCGCACCUUCCCACCCGACCUCAACUUCCUGCCCGUGGAGGGCGAGGAGCUUCCCCCCGAGACCCAGAAGCAGGGCUUCCCCCGCCUGCACCGCCACCGCCUGGCCUGCCUGCGCCAGGAGCUCAUCGAGGCCUUCGUUGAGCACAGAUAUCUCCUCUUCAUGAAGAUGGCCGCGUUACAGCUCAUGCAGCACAAGGCAAACAAAGAUUCAACCAAAGCUGCCGCUGCCGCCGCCGCCGCCGCUAGCCAACUGGCGCUGCCCACCACAGAGCCAACAGAGGUCUCUUCAGAGACCCCCGCCCCGGAGAGCAAGGCCCCCGAAGGGCAGGUCGCCCCCCAGGUGGACCAGACCAACGGGGUGGAGUCCCCCUCAACGACCACCGCCACCGAAGACUCCCUGGAGCCCGUGGUGAACGGGGUGUCUGAGCCCGAGGGCACGCAGAACGGGCAGGUGGAGGGCCCGCUGGGGGGUAAGGAGGCUGACGAGACCAUCCCAGGGUUAGCCCAGGCCAAAGAGCUGGCGGAGUCCUUAGUUGCCGAAGACGGAUCGGGUAUUGACCCAAAAAGCAGGGAAGUGGUCCUGAACGCCUGCAAGGCCGUCGGCUCCAUCAGCAACACCUCCUUCGACAUUCGCUUCAACCCUGACCUCUUUUCCCCCGGUGUCCGGUUCCCCGAGGAGAGCACAGACGACAUCCAGAAACAGAAGCAGCUCCUCAAAGAUGCCGCUGCCUUCGUGGUGUCUUGCCAGGUUCCCUCGCUGGUGAAGGACUGCCUGGACCACAGUGCCCUGCCCAUGGACGGUGCCACCCUGACAGAAGCUCUGCACCAGAGGGGCAUCAACAUCCGUUACCUAGGCACUGUUCUGGAGUUUGUGGAGAAGACCCCGGCGAAAGCCAAGCUGGAGCACUUCUAUAGAAUAGGAAUCUGUGAGCUGAUAACCAGGUGUGCAAAGCAUUUCUUCAAGACGUAUCUUCAGGGUGUGGAGUUGUCCGCUCUCUCGGCCGCCGUCAGCCAUUUCCUCAACUGCUUCCUGAGCUCCUUCCCCGAUGCGGUCGCGCACCUUCCUCCUGACGAGCUGGUUUCCCGCCGCAAGAACCGCAAGCGGCGCAACAGGGUGCCCGGCGGCGGAGACAACACGGCGUGGGCGAGCCUGACCCCCAGCGAGCUGUGGAAGAGCAUCGCCGCCGAGGCCCAGAGCUACUAUCACUUCACAUUGCAGUGUGAAGGAGUGGAUCAGGUGGUGGAGAAGCAUGGCCUCCAGAAGAUCACGCUCCUCAGGGAGAUCUCCAUUAAGACUGGCAUACAGAUCCUGAUCAAAGAGUACAACUUUGACAGCCGCCACAAACCGGCCUUCACAGAGGAGGACAUCCUGAACAUCUUCCCAGUGGUGAAGCACGUAAACCCCAAAGCCUCAGACGCCUUCCACUUCUUCCAGAGUGGACAGGCCAAGGUGCAGCAAGGUUUUCUGAAGGAGGGCUGUGAGCUGAUUAACGAGGCCCUGAACCUGUUCAACAAUGUGUACGGAGCCAUGCAUGUGGAGAUCUGCGCCUGCCUGCGCCUGCUGGCUCGCCUGAACUACAUCAUGGGAGACCAUCAAGAGGCGCUUAGCAACCAGCAGAAGGCAGUUCUGAUGAGCGAGCGAGCCCUGGGCAUUGAACACCCCAACACCAUUCAAGAAUAUAUGCACUUGGCUCUGUACUGUUUCGCCAAUGGGCAGCUGUCCACUGCCCUGAAGCUGCUGUACCGUGCACGUUACCUCAUGCUCAUGGUGUGUGGGGAGGACCACCCGGAGAUGGCCCUGCUUGACAGCAACAUUGGCCUGGUGCUGCACGGGGUAAUGGAAUACGAGCUGUCCCUGAGGUUCCUGGAGAACGCCUUGACCAUCAACACAAAGUACCAUGGUUCUCGCUCCCUCAAAGUGGCCCUCAGCAAUCAUCUUGUCGCAAGGGUCUACGAGAGCAAGGCGGAGUUCCGCUCCGCACUCCAGCACGAAAAGGAAGGCUACACCAUUUACAAGAACCAGGUGGGCGAAGCUCACGAGAAGACCAAGGAGAGCUCAGAGUACCUCAAGUAUCUCACCCAGCAGGCCGUGGCUCUGCAGAGGACCAUGAAUGAGAUCUACAAGAAUGGCUCCAACGCCAGCAUCACGCCUCUCAAGUUCACUGCUCCGAGCAUGGCCAGCGUUCUGGAACAGCUCAAUAUCAUCAACGGCAUCAUCUUCAUCCCCCUCAGCCAAAAGGACCUGGAAACCCUGAAGGCGGAGGUCCAGAGACGGCAGCAGCUGCAGGAGUCAGGGAAGUUUGAGGAGCAGACGGCAGACGGCCUCCUGGAGCUGGAUGACAAGAUUCCUAUUGAUUAAUGUUGGAAAGCCCAAAGCAAAGCAGCUUUCUGCUGGUUUGGGAGGCUGUAAUGCCACAGAAAUGUAAUGGAGCCUGGAGGACCUGAGAACUGAGCAGUCCGAAUCAAUAAUGAAAAUAAAUGGGAGUGUGUGUGUGUGUGGGGGGGGGGGGGGGGAGAUUGUCUGGGGCAGUGGACAAAUCUGUAUAAACUGUGUAAAGUUUAAGGUUGGGCAAUACAGACAAUGCACUUCCUACAAGGUAGGAAGGAAUGGGGAAUUAAAUAGAUAAUUGUGUAGAAUUUAUGUAAUGUGCAAUCUGAAUACUCUCCUUGGCCCAUAAAAAAGUGAUGAAUCAUCAGAACAAAGGUCAUUCAACUAACUGCUGCUUGCUGUGUUUCUGUGCGUGUGCGUGUGUGCGCAUGUAUAUGUGCGUGCCGCAAAGAAUGUGGCCAGAGAAGGAGACCAAGAACGACCAUGACAUUGUAUACCAGAGCCUUAUCCACUGUACCAUACCCCCAAAUACUCCUCCAUCUGGGCUCUUAUCACUUCCCGUGACCAUCAAAACCCAAGACCACCCUUGAACAGCCGUUCAUUCUUCAAUAUGCUCAAAACACUGUGGCCAUCCCCAAUGGUGCUGCAGAACACACAGCACCUAAGCCGUCCUUAGAACUCGGGUAAAUUCUACUGUGCACUAAGACCAGAACAUGGUCGCUACAUUUUAGAUUUAUCUUGAGGGACUUUGGAACGUGAACUCCCUCCUCCUGUUGGUCUCCUGGUGAUUUUGUCCUCCGUUAUUUAGACCUUGUGGACCUUAUUGGUGUAGUUCUGUCAUUUCGACUCGCUACAUACUUUGUCCCUUGGCUUUUCUGUCUUUUCAUCACAGCUAUUUCGGUAUCCUACGGUCCCUUUUCCUUGGCAGACGCACAGUGCAGGAUCAAUUGUUCUAAUUAUUAAUUUGCUCAGAAGGUUAAUUCUUUGUUUUUUGUUUUUUUUGUUUUUUUACUAAAAGGGGAGAAAACCUUUUAAGGUUGAGUACUGGUUAAUUUGUUACCAAGGCCGUUUUCGAAAGAAUACGAGUGUAGCGUGUGUAAAUCUUUAGUGGAUU